AUGCCUGUUCUCAAGCCUCUGGCGGGACCGCCCGCCGCCCCCCAACAACACAAUCAACCUUCAAGGAAGGGCAGGAAAGCCUGGAGGAAAAACGUCGAUGUCUCUGAGGUAGAAAAAGGAUUGGAGGAGCGCAACGAGCAGAUCAUCAAAGGAGGAGUGAUCGUCGAUCGAGACUCUAAAGACCUGUUCCAGGUAGCAGAUGAGGCAGACUCGGAGAUCGCGAGGCAGUUGCCCAAGAAGUUCAAGAAAACGUUGAAGGCAGACGAAAUCAUUGCACAGCGGUCUGCUGUCCCGGCAGUUUCUGGUCGCAAGCGCCAAGGCGAGGACAGCAAGACGACAGACGGCGUGCUUUCGACAAAGCGGCAGCGCACCAACUACGUCACACAGAAGGAGGUUGUGCGCCUGCGGCAGCUGGCAAAUGGCAACCAUGCCUCGUCGCUACAGAUUGUGGAUGCAGAUUACGAUCCGUGGGCGGCCAAGGAUGAGGUGGCAGAGGUAGAGCACAGCAAGCAGGGCAAGUUUUCGUUCUUGCCACAACGAAGCAAGGUCAAGGCACCGGAGACGCUGAAGCACGCACCCAUUUCGCUCGCGGCAAGCGGCAAAGCCGUUCCUGCAGUAGCCAAGCCCAAAGCCUCGUUCAGCUACAACCCGGCAUUCAACGACUACGAGGCGUUGCUCACAGAAGAGGGCAACAAGGCCGUGGAGACCGAGCGGAAGCGUCUUGAGGCCAUUGAGGCUGAGCGGAUAAGACUGGAGGCCGUUGCCCGCUCGGCAGCCGAGGCCGAUGAAGCCGAGGCACGCGCCGAGAUGUCGGAGUGGGAAGAGGACUCCGCAUGGGAGGGCUUCGAGAGCGGUGUGGAGGACGAGGCGACAGCCGCAAAGCGGCCGAAACGCAAAACUCCCGCGCAACGAAACCGUAUCAAACGGCGCAAGGAAGCUGAGGCGAAGAAGAAGCACGACGCGAUUAUCGUCCGCAAGGAGGAGCAGGCCAAGAAAAUCGAAGCGAUUCUGGCCGAGGAGCAGGCGGCGCGGGAGGCACUGGCGAUGCCUUCACCGUCUGACGAAAGCGACGCAGAUGCUGAAAGCGGAGAUGAUAUUGUGCUACGGCGGCGGCAGCUGGGCAAGUUCCGACUACCAGAGAAAGAUCUGGAGUUGGUUCUGCCAGACGAGCUGCGGGACUCAUUGCGCCUGCUCAAGCCCGAAGGCAACCUGCUCAAGGACCGCUAUCGAAGCCUUCUUGUCCGAGGAAAGGUAGAGGUUCGCAGGAAACGGCCAUUCCGGAAGCAAGCCAAGACGAAGGUUACCGAAAAGUGGGCUCACAAGGACUUCCAUUUGUUCUGA